UCCAGCGGGUGUCAGCGGGGAGUCAUGAAGAGGAGUGGCACACCAGUGUGGGACAGAAGGAGCUACAGGCCCCCUCCCACAUUAAAGAGGAGCAGCUUCAUGAUGAAGAUGAAGCUCAGUCCUUACAGCUUCAUCACAGUCAAAGUGAGGAGAACAGAGGGGCGGAGCUUGUAAGUCAACACAUCACAGAAGCUGAUGGAGAGCAUUGUGAAGAUAUCAAGUCAGAACCAGACAGCAUCUUUGCUCCACUGUCAGACAUGGACCACAUGAUGUCACACUCUUCUGAUCACAGUGACCACAUCCAAAAACCUUUGGAGAGUAAAAAUGACUCUAAAGGUGAUACGAGACAUCACACUAACAACAAACACUUUGACUGCUCUGAAUGUGGGAAAUCAUUUAGACACAAGGGUCAUUUUACAGUACACAUGAGAAUACAUACUGGAGAGAAACCUUUUACUUGCUCUGUUUGUAAGAAGAGUUUCUCCACAAAACCUAACAUGACCACACACAUGAGAACACACACUGGAGAGAAACCUUUUACUUGCUCUGUUUGUAAGAAGAGUUUCUCCACAAAGCCACACUUGACCACACACAUGAGAACACACACUGGAGAGAAACCUUUUACUUGCUCUGUUUGUAAGAAGAGUUUCUCCACAAAGCCACACUUGACCAGACAUAUGAGAACACACACUGGAGAGAAACCUUUUACUUGCUCUGUUUGUAAGAAGAGUUUCUCCACAAAGCCACACAUGACCACACACAUGAGAACACACACUAGAGAGAAACCUUUUACUUGCUCUGUUUGUAAGAAGAGUUUCGCCACAAAACAAUGCAUGACCAGACACAUAAGAACACAUUCUGGAGAGAAACCUUUUACUUGCUCUGUUUGUAAGAAGAGUUUCUCCAGUAAGCGAAAUAUGACCACACACAUGAGAACACAUACUGGAGAGAAACAUUUUGCUUGCUCAGCUUGUGCUAAAAGAUUCUACUCAAAGAAUGACUUGAUAUUACACAUGAGAACACAUACUGGAGAGAAACCUUUUACUUGCUCUGUUUGUAAGAAGAGUUUCUCCAGCAAGCAUCACAUGGCCACACACAUGAGAACACACACUGGAGAGAAACCGUUUAGUUGCUCUGCGUGUGUUAAAAGGUUCAGGUUUAAGAGGCAGGUGAGUAAACACAAGUGUGUAACAGUCAUGGAAGCUGCAGGGAUGUAAAAACACUUAAACAGUGAUUGUGCUAAAUGUAGUUUAAAAACACAGCAUGUUUAAUAAGAAUGUAUAUUUGAUGUUGUAUAU